AACGCGAUUAAUGCGAGCGGGAGGAGAGAGGAGGGAGCCUCCGCUCGCGGUUGCCGGUCACACGCUCUGCCCAAGCCAGCCAGCGCCAGCAGCUGCCAAGGGCCGCACGGCCGCCGUCUGGGCGUCCUUUUAAAGCAACGCCGACGCUUUCCGCCGCCGGCGCUGGCGACGACGUUCCUCGCCGCCGCGCACGUCACACCACGCGGAGAGCGGAGUCAGCGGCGAAGGCAAGUCUCAGAACCGCGGCUCCGUACGUCAGGUGCAGACGCCGCGCUCGUUCCCAUGUGCGCCGCCGUUGGGCUUUCCCCGCCAGCUGGGAACGUCGUCGCAGCUUCCUCUUCUCGCGUCGAGCCGUCGGCGCGCUUCUUCUUCAUCCCGGAAUUCUGCUUCCUCCGGCCGGAUCGCAGCGUGCGACCGGCUUGCGACCAGGGAUCCCCGCCGAUUAUCUGCGGCGGCAGCUUCUACGAAUUGUCGCCGCUUCGCCGAGGCCUUCUGGAACGCGCUUUCGCGUCGGCAACGGGAUCCGGGGACCCUUUCCCGCCAUCGGGUGUCCGGUGCGCCGUGUUCCAGUGAAGAAAGGCUUGCACGUGACUUUGGUUUCUGCGCCGCUUUGUUCUGCGCGCACGUGACUGUACUUUCGGCCUGUUUGGGAGGAUUUUUUUUUUCUCGCGCCCCCCCACUUUCUUGUAAUUUGCCGCCGUCUUUGUUGAAAGUGAACUGAGCGGCGUCGGCUGGGCUUGUUGAGGCGUGCGAACGUGUUCGAUUACGGAUCACCGGACAUCGGGUUUCCGCCUUCUCGCAUCGGCGGCUUCGGGUGCAGUUGCUGUCCCCCGUCGUCUGUCCAGCAACAAGUGUCAACAGACGACGCGUCGAUCCGGUGGCUUCUGUUGGAAUUUUGUUCAACUGACUGUCAGGCGUUCUCGCGUCGUCUUUUCUUGCGGCUGCAGAAUUGACACGCUUUAGAGACCACUUCGUUUGCGCGGUGUGCGUUGACGGAAGUGCUGCUCCGAAGACUUCGCGGCGACAGCCGGUGAACGUUGAACGCUUUCUUUGACAUUCAACGCGUGACUGCAACGUCGGCAAAACAAUGGUGUUCGUGCUGAGCCCAAGCCGCCGCUUCAGCAGCAAGUGGCUGAUGGCGGACAUCUCCCCAGAGCGGCCGUCGACGCCUCCCAAAGGUGCGCCCGUGACCUCGCCAAACGGCACCGGCACCGACAUCAGCAGCGUGGUCGAGAACCUCGCCAAGGCGACGCAGCUGAGCGAGAAGUUGAACACUGUGUCCUCUUCCUCCUAUAGUGCCUCAGAGAAGCACUCAAGCAGCGCUCAGAUGUUGAAAAGUUCGACGACGUCGUCGUCGAGCUCGGGGUCACUGCUGAACAAGAAGUCGCAGAUGCUGCACCACUCGCUGGCGAGUUCGCAGCAGCAGACACAGCAACAGAAGGAAGAGCAGCAGCAGCUGUUCCAGAAGGAGAACCGCAGCACCACCAACUACAGCCGCAGCGUGAGCGUAAGCUCAAGCAGCUCGAGCUCUGACUCCAGGCUCAAAACGAUCUCGUCGCAGAGGGGCUUCACGGUCGACUGUGGCGGGCCGGAGGCCGCCGAGGACGGCCGUGUUCGCGAGUCGACGCCCUCCGAGGUUCGUUUCGAACAGAAGCGGGUCACCUCUUCGGCCAAGAGCAAACUGGUGGCCGACGGUGUGACGGCCGAGAAGUCGGCCACCACCAACAAGGAGCUCAAGAGGCUUCAGGCGGGCGACAUCACCUUCCAGGAGAAGCAACACUCUCAGGAAAUGAAGGCUCGCAUGGAAGGCGAAGGAUUCUCGGCCGAGAAAAUGGCUGCAACGAAGCAGGACCAGAAGCAACUCAAAAUUGGAGACACGCUCCACCAGCAGCAGAAGAGCGCCGCGGCGUCGGCCUCAAAGAUGUCCACGGACGACUACACAGCUGAAGAGAUCUCCAUGGCGAAAAAGGAAGAGCGCCAGAUGUACACCCAGGGCGUACUGCAGCAGGAAAAAAGCGCCGCUUCGUCUGCCAGCUCCAAGGUCUUCAUCAGCUCCAAGGGAGUCUCCAAGUCGUCCGCGUCGCACCAGACCGUCAAACACAUGGACUACAGCAGUGGCGGCAGCUCUUGUGCUUCGCCCAUUGUGACGUCGCCGACGCAGGAGAUGUUCAGCAGCGGUCUGCCGCCGCUUCCUUCUAACCAAAGGCUCGCCGUAGGCCAGGGCUUGGCCGAUGAGCUCGACACGUUGCGGUCUCCGUUGCCUCAGUCAGAAGUCGACAAGGCCAUCUCGCGAUUCGCCAGCCGUAUGGCACUCUGCGUCGAGCAGUUGAAGGCCGCCGCCGAGGAAGAAGCUGUAGAGCUUCUGGCCACGAUGUCGGUCAUCAUCCGCAAAGCGUGGGCCGUCCCCACAUACGGCCACGACCUGGGCUUCACCAUGUGCAAUAUCCUGCGGACCAACGGUGGCCUCGAUGUCAUCCUCAAGAACUGUUCUUCCGCCAGCGAGGAGCUGCAGUUCGCCAGUGCCAGGCUCCUGGAACAGUGCUUGUCGACGGAGAACCGGUCCUACGUAGUCGAGCACGGGCUCGAACCCGUCGUGCAGGUGGCGUGCGCGUGCAGUUUUAACAACCAGGUUUCCUACUCCCGGGUGGGAACGGGAAUCCUGUGCCACCUGUUCAAGCAUUCCGAGACCACGUGCAGCGAGUUGAUUCGUCUCGGAGCGCUCAAGUCCAUCCUGUACGACUGCCGCACGAGCGACGUGGAGACGCUGCGGCACUGUGCCUCAGCCCUUGCCAACCUGAGUCUGUACGGCGGGCCCGAGAACCACCAGGCCAUGAUCAAGCACAAGGCUCCCAUGUGGCUGUUCCCACUCGCCUUCAACCUGGACGACAAUAUUAAGUACUACGCCUGCCUCGCCAUCGCGGCGCUCGUGGCCAACAAGGAGAUCGAAGCGGCCGUCAUGAAGUCGGGCACGCUGGACCUGGUCGAGCCUUUCGUGACGAGCCACCAUCCCGAGGAAUUCGCCAAGAGUCACGUGGCUCACGUCCACGGACAGUCCAAAGACUGGUUGCUGCGUUUUGUGCCCGUCCUCGACAGCAACAGGGAAGAGGCCCGCAGCCUUGCCGCCUUCCAUUUCGCCAUGGAAGCUGGCAUCAAGAAACGCCAAGGAAACACAUCGGUGUUCGCGGAGAUAGGAGCUCUGGAGGCCUUGCGAAAGGUAGCCAGCUCUCCAAAUGCCAUCGCAUCCAAGUUCGCGGCCCAAGCGCUGCAGCUUAUCGGCGAAGAGGUGCCGCACAAGCUGUCCCAGCAGGUUCCCCUCUGGACUGUUGAGGACGUGAAGGAGUGGGUCAAGCAGAUCGGUUUCACCAACUACGCUUCGGAGUUCGUCAGCAGUCGAGUGGACGGCGACCUGCUGCUGCAGCUGGACGAGCCCAUGCUGAAGGAGGACAUUGGCAUCAAGAACGGCAUCUUGCGGCGCCGCUUCCUGCGCGAGCUGUCGCAGCUCAAGCGCAUGGCCGACUACUCGUCGGUGGACACGACGAACGUGAACCAGAUCCUGCAGAGCCUCGGCUCCGACUUCAGCCAGUACACGUACCGCAUGCUUCAGAGCGGCGUCGACAUGGACUCGCUGAAGAUGCUCAACGACGACCAGCUCUUCAAGGAGUGCGGCAUCGACAACUCCAUCCACCGGCUACGAAUCGGACAGGCCAUCCGCGGUCUUAACCAGUGCGCGGAUGAUGCAGACGAAAUCGAACGAAACAAGAGCCUCGACGUCUUCGUCAGCUACAGGCGCUCUAAUGGAUCUCAGCUUGCCAGUCUUUUGAAGGUUCACCUGCAACUGCGAGGCUUCUCUGUGUUCAUUGACGUGGAACGCUUGGAAGCGGGAAAAUUCGACAACAACCUCCUCAACAGCAUACGACAGGCCAAGCAUUUUUUACUCGUCCUUACACCCAAUGCCCUCGACCGGUGCGUGGGUGACACUGACCGCAAGGACUGGGUGCACAGGGAAAUUGUGGAAGCUCUUCAGAGCCAGUGCAACAUCAUUCCAAUCCUGGACAACUUCCAGUGGCCAGAAUCGGAAGUGCUCCCUGAGGACAUGAGGGCAGUCUGCUACUUCAAUGGUGUACGGUGGAUCCACGACUACCAAGAUGCAUGUGUCGACAAGCUAGAGCGGUUCAUGCGGGGCGAGAUGAAUGUGCGCAGCGACGGUCCGCUGGGCCGCUAUGUGGGCAUGGGAGGGCCUGGCACACCGGGCACCCCGAGCACGAUGGCCAGCUGCCGUGCGGCAGUCUACCAGCGCAGUGCCAGUAAUGACAGCGCCAAGGGUAGCACAUCCUCUGACCGCGAGUCCAGCAAUGGCCGAGCCCCCACAGAGCAGCCACAGGCGCAGCUCCCUGCGCAGCCACAUUGCUGACCCCGCAAUGCCUUUGGGAGUUCCCUCACUCAUGGACCCACACUAUAAAAUUGAACAUGCGGCUAGACAGUGCCAUCUGCUUUACCAGCUGUCGUGAUGGAUUCCAUCCCUGAAGCAGGGUUCUACGACCGAUGCAAAGAAAGAAGUGGCUGCCUCUCCUGGAGAGGCUGUGUUCAUCACCGUUCCACAAGCAGCCCAGUCAGAAUCGACAAGAGCACUAAUGCAAGAAAAACUGCGAGGACUUCUUGUGGUUCCCCUACUGUUCUUGCUGCUGUGAAAAAGUCACUGAGGAGCAGCACUGCUUGAAAUUGAGGACAAUGGUUACUCAAGCUGUUUCCCCAGGGAUCAUUUAUGAGGCAUGUUAAUUGAUGAAAGUGGGACGUGCCAUCAGACAGUGUUUUUGAUGCUCAUGUUGUCCACUUGAAGUAUUCAUCAACCCAAAGCUGCAGCUGCAGUGCAUAUUUUAUGUCAGGAAUCGCUGAUUGUGUUGAUGGCCAGUUGUGCAAUACUGAGUUCUUAGAAUUUACGGCCUUUGGUUUAUUAAGGCCUCGCUAUUUUUCAACGAAGCGAGUCAACUAUGGUAUUAGAUCUAGUGAGAUGCCAGUACAGUUCGCCUGGCAAAUUGUGGCUGCAAGUUUGUCCUCGUGGAGGCCGCAGAGUCAACAUUAAAAGUGCCUCGUACAGGCUUUAAAGCAGUAAGAUAAGUGUUUUUAUAUUGCAACAAAGAGUGAGACCUUCUUUAGCACUUGAUACAGGCAUAAAUGAAGAGAGAACGCAGCUGCAAAGUUUGCCUUCGGAAACGGCUGCUUGCCUUUGUUUUCCGUCCAGUGCACUUUGUUAUGCUCUCACUUAACCAAGUGCUUUUGAGUUCAGUUCUUUGCCAUUUGUUUUGUUGCUUUAGGACAUAUAGUGUACAAGUGGUACGAGGGGGUUGUACAGCAAGGACAGAUAUGAAAGGGAACACCUGAUUUGCAUUAGAAAGGACAGCUGCUUUGGAAGAAUUGGCACGUGUAGUCUGAAUGUUGCAUUUCUGGGCUAAGUGCUGCUUGAGUACCAAUUAGGCGUUCCCCUUCAUACCAGACUGCCCUGUACACUCUCAUCGAGGCCAGGCACUAUUUUUUCUUGGAAAUGUUCCCAUGUGUAACUUGCUAACAGAGAAAUGAACUGGCCCGAUAUCUGUUGUUUGAUAGUCAUUGUAAAUUAUUGUUCCUACGGUGCUGGCACCUCAGGAUAUUUAGUAUUUUUAAGUCACAUGUUUGUGUUGUGUUAUCCCUCACUAUUUUUUCCCCCAUCCCCCUUACCUCAUAUUCAAGUGCCAGGCAUAGAAGCCUGCUGCAUUGCUGAGCACUUGUGAAAUCAAAAAUAUCAUUUCAUUGUUGUACAUACUGCAGGAUGUUCUCAGAUGCCGCUAUGCGAAGGUUAAAUAAACUGUUUUAUAUUAUAGUGAA